GACUGGUUCCUCUUUUAGAAUCGAUACAGAGUUAUAGGGGAAUUUGGUGGUUUUGUUGUCCUUGUGGAUCGUAUUAGAGCCAUGAUCAAGCUUUUCUCGUUGAAGCAACAAAAGAAGGAAGGUGAAGGUGCGAAAGCAGGGACAAAGAGGGCUUCUGCAGCACAACUAAGGAUAACCAAAGAUAUACGUGACCUUGAAUUGCCAAAAACAUGCGAGACAGAAUUUCCUGAUCCAGAUGAUCUUCUAAAUUUUAAACUUGUCAUUUCACCUGAUGAGGGAUUUUACAAAUACGGGAGAUUUGUGUUUAGUUUUAAGGUUGGUCCUGGAUAUCCCCAUGAUGCUCCUAAAGUCAAGUGUGAAACAAAGGUUUAUCAUCCAAAUAUUGACUUAGAAGGAAAUGUUUGCUUAAACAUUUUGAGGGAAGACUGGAAACCUGUUCUUACAAUAAAUGCAAUAAUAAUUGGAUUACAGUAUUUGUUUUUGGAACCAAAUCCAGACGACCCUCUAAAUAAAGAUGCUGCAGAGGUUCUUCGAAGCAAUAGGCGGUUGUUUGAACAGAAUGUGCAGAAGGCCAUGAGAGGAGGAUUUGUAGGAAGUGUUUACUUUGACCGAACUCUUAAAUAACGCCAUUGGGCAGAGCAGAGAGUUUGUCCUCUAUUUAUGAACUUUUUUAAUGGUUGUGGUGCGAGUUUAUUAAAAUCAAAGACCAAAUGAGUUUGGUUCCUGGUGCUUAUGAACAUUUCAGGAUGAACAAGAGCACAGGCUUUGGACUGCAGAGCUACAUAUAACAAAUCUUAGACCUUGGAUUUCUGAGGGUUGAGAUUAGUUUCCUGAUAAGCUGCCUCUUUUAGUUCCGGCAGCAGACUUUGGUAGUAAAUUUAAGCAUUCUUCCUCCUUAAGGGAUCUUGUUUUAGGGUAACAAGGUGGAGAGAAGGUAUUAAUCACUGCUGGGGCUGAAAGGGAGAACCCUGUCACUCUCAGAGCAUCCUAGUUGAGAAUAAAAGAGAUUCAAAUUUCAUUCCGCAAGAAUACUGGAAACAAAUAUCAAAAAGUACAUCGUAAAUUUUUGCUCAAUGGCUUCAUAUGAAUGGUCACAGGCUAGGGUCUCUUAUGUGGUCGUAAAGAUUCAAAUUAUGAAGUAAGGCUUUGACUCUGGGAGUGUAAGGGUUAAGCAGUUUGCAUGUCUUAGAAAAAUUGUCUCUGAUUGAUAAAUAAGUACAGUUGAUAAAUUUAUGCAGCUUACAUAGACUAGAAAUGGUCAUUGGUUUUAUUGAUUUCUUUGCCGAACUUGAAAAUCUUCAAUAGAUUUCUGUUAAUGUUAUUUUUUAAUGAGUAUAUAUGGCUGUAAAUGUUAUAGGGGGAGGGAAUGUCCAGACAAUAUUGCUAUACUGAUAUGUGGAAUCUAGAAUAGACAUUUUGUACAGUUGUGUAUAAAAUAAACAUACCAUGCUAUAAGAGUGA